AUCAGUUGUAGAAUUGGCGAGAAAAUUUUCUGACUCCAGAAAGCCAAUUGCUGCUAUUUGCCAUGGGCUGUUGGUCUUAGCACCUGUAGGCGCUGUUAAAGGUCGCAAGUGCACAGCGGUUUCAACUAUGAAGCCUGGAUUGGUUGCUGCUGGUGCUCACUGGGUAGAACCAGAUUCAUUGUCAAUGUGUGUUGCUGAUGAUAAUUUAAUUACUGGGGUCACAUAUUAUGGCAAUCCUGAGUUCAUUGGGCUUUUUCUCAAGGCACUAGGAGGCAACAUAUGUGCUUCAGAGAGAAGGGUCCUCAUCAUCAUUGGAAACUACGUGGAAGAUUAUGAGGUAACUGUGCCUUAUCAGACCCUUAAAGUUCUAGGAUGCCAUGUUGAUGUGGUUUGCCCCAAGAAGAAAGCCGGUGAUACAUGCCCAACUGCUAUCCGUGAUCUUGAAGGGGGCCAAACCUACAGUGAGAUCCAGGGACAUAAUUUUGUUUUAACGGCUGACUUUGAAUCCAUAGAUGCCUCAAGUUAUGACGCUCUUGUACUCCCUGGAGGUAAAGCUCCAGAGUUUUUGGCCCUAAAGGAGGAUGUUAUUGUAGUAGUGAAACAAUUUAUGGAAGCCAGAAAACCAGUUGCAUCCAUCUGCCAUGGCCUGGAAAUUUUAGUUGCUGCUGGUGUUCUGCAGGGGAAGAAAUGUACUGGAUACCCAAGGAUUAAGGCUCGUGUGGUUUCGUUGGGGGGGACAUUUGUGGAAGCGGAUCCAAUAGAUCGUUGUGUCACUGAUGGAAAUCUGGUUACCGCAGCUGCGUGGCAUGGCCAACCAGAGCUUAUUUCUCAAUUGAUGACAUUGCUUGAUAUUCAAGUAUCAUUCUAGGCACCCUUUACCGGGUCAGCUGCUUCCAAGUAAUAUAUGUAAUUCCAUAAACGAAUAAGAGAAUAAAAGAAGAAGAAACAUUGUCAGAAACUCUGUGUAAUUCAAUAAAAGAAUAAGAGCAUAUGUUAAGGUGAUGUAUGUAUCUAUGAGGGAACAAUGAUGUAUGUAUAUAUAUGUACCAAUUGCGAAUGGAUCCUGUAUGUUUGUAACUA